AUGGGGACCUCACCGAACGACGCCUCGACCGGGGGUGAUACGAAGUCACCCAAACAGUCCAACAAUCCCACUCCCCCACGUCAAAAUUCCAUCCCAGAAGUGAAGCAACCCGACCCGAGCCUAAAGCCCGAUGCUGACGGCGCGAAACCUCUUGGUCCUCCCCCUCGACCUGGACAGACCACUGGAAAUACUCCCGAUUACUUCGGCGCUGGAGCCGCCUCUCUCAGUCUGGAGCCCAAUCCCUUUGAGCAGUCUUUCGGCGGAGGCGCGCCAGAGACACCCGGUGGCACGAAACUACCAUCCGUUGCUGCUCUGACUUCGCCAUCUUCGUUGCUUCCUGGCAGCGGUGCUACUCCAUUCAACUGGGGAGGAGGUUCAUUGCGAACCGGUCCUUUGAGCCCGGCCAUGCUGUCAGGUCCCACCAGUGACUAUUUCAGCGACACGCAUCACCUCCGAGGCGGAUUUCCGACCCCCAACGAGUCCUCGUUGAGGACGGGACUGACGCCGGGUGGCAGUGGUUCCAUGUUCCCUGCUCCUAGUCCUAACUCUCAGCAAUUAUUUGCCCAGUUGGCCAGUGGCGGCGCUACGCCCAGUACCAUUGAUUUCCAUCGCACUGCUUUGAGUGCGGCUGCAAAGCGUGACACUCAAGCCCAGAACCAAAGUCAGAACCAAAAUCAGAACCAACUCCAAAACCAGAACCACAACCAGCAACAGACGCCCGUAACGUCGCAGCCGCAGGAGAUGCCAAACGGCACAUCUGCUGUUAAGACUGAGGCAAAGCAGUUCGACCCGCACGAUAACGACGCGGCAAACGGCCUGUUUAUGCUUGCUCAGGGUGCCCAAGGUCGAAACGGUGCUCCAAACGGCGGUUUUGCGACAACUCAAACACAGUCUCAGGCCCACCCCGCCCCAGCUCCGACACAAGGAGUAAACACAUCGCCUCAAAUGAGCGUCAACGGUGCUGGAUCUGUUGGUGCGGGUUCAUCAGUACGCGGUGUAAGCGAAGGCGGAAGUGCCAUGUCGGAUGAGAGCGAGCAAGCGCGGCCCGCAGCUAGAGGCAAUGGCAAGCGCAACUCUACUGGGGGUGCGUCGACAAAUGGCCGUAGAAAGGCUGAAGAGCCACCCGCCAAGGCCCCACCCGCCAAGAAGUCGAAGCCGAACAACAAUAUACCCCCUCCUGAUAUGAUGAACGGGGACGACAGCCAAUCGGAUGAUGACGACAUGAAGCAUGAGAACGGUGAAGGUGGCUCUAAGUCGAAGAUGACUGAUGAGGAGAAGCGCAAGAAUUUCUUGGAACGCAACAGAGUUGCUGCCCUCAAGUGUCGCCAGCGCAAGAAGCAGUGGCUGGCCAACCUCCAGUCAAAGGUGGAGCUGUUCAGCAGUGAAAACGAUGCUCUCACGGCCCAAAUCACGCAGCUGCGGGAGGAGGUCGUUAACCUCAAGACAUUAUUAUUGGCUCAUAAAGACUGCCCUGUCACGCAGCAGCAGGGCCUUCACGGUGCCUUCAUGCAACAGGCCAUGGAACCAUUUAAUCCGCAGAUGAAUCCGUAUGGCAUGGCUGCUCCUAUCCCCAACCAACAAGUCCUGGCGGCAGGUCAGGGUGUGCAGCGCCGCUUUUCAUAG